GAACAUGGUUUAUGAUAAUGUUUUCAUAUCCUUUAUCACAAAGAUGGGAAAUUCAAACUCAUCAAAUAAUCACACAACCUCACAUCCACCGCAACCUCUUCACUCAUCAUCUUGUAAACAUAUUCAACGAUAUCUGAGUAUCGAUGGAUGGUGUAAAAAAUGUACGAUGAAAAGUGUGAAUUCGGGUCAUCGAGGUCUCGAUAAAUUAAUCCUCCGUCCGAUUACGGUCACGUUAAAAUGCAUCAAAAAUUCUCAAGAGAUGUCUGAUGAAUAUUUAAAACGGUUAAAGUCGUAUUACAAAACUAGUCUGGUUCAAUCACGAAAACGAAUGCAACAACAACUCAAAUUCUACGGGAUAUCGCAAGAUCCAACCACCGGAGAGUACGUGAUCAUAACGCAAUACAGCGAACACGGAUCUUUACGUACGCUAUUGCAUAGUCACUUUUCUUCAUUUCGAUGGACCGAUAAAUCAUGGUGGCUUUGUGAUAUUGCGUCAAAUCUACUCACAUUACAUAAGGAGGGUAUCGUGCAUGGAAACAUCCAUUCCGGAAACAUUCUACAAAUUGGUGAAUUGACGAGGGAGACUACAUCAGCUUUAGCCGAUACCGGAUUAAAUUUCCCUGCAAGUGAUUUAAAUUAUAACUUUGAGAGGGAUGUGUAUGGAGUCUUACCUUACUUGGCUCCAGAAGUCAUCUUGGGAAACGCACCAUCGAAGGAAUCAGAUGUUUAUAGCAUUGGAAUAUUAAUGAUUGAAAUGUCCACGGGAAUUCCACCUUUCUCACAUCUUCCACAUGAUGAACAAUUGGCUUUAGAAGUUUGUCAGGGAUUACGUCCCGAAUUGGCCCAAGGAACUCCCAAGGUUUAUGCGGAUCUAGCAAGGAAAUGUUGUAGUACGGACCCUUUUUUACGCCCUAAAAUCAAAGAUUUAUUAUAUAUCUUUAACUCUUGGUGGUCUGUUAUGAACACAGAUGAUCCCAAGAACGUACAUAUUCGAAAUUCGUUCUUAAAAGCUGACUCACUUAUCCCUGAUAUAAUGGAAAAGAGGAGUUCGACCGCUAAGAACGAACAAGCUAUUUUCAAAAGUAAAUUAAUACAAUUUCAAAAUGUAUUGGGUAGAAGAAAAACGAAUUAUUCACUGCAUCGAGAACACACAAAUAGCAUGCAUUUUCCACUAUUGGAUUUAAAAUUACCCGAUAUCACUAUCGGUUUCGAUUAA